GUUCGCUGAUCUCGAAUGAUCCAUCCCCUUGCUCUCUUUUUUUCUUUUUGAUUUUGCUUUGGAGUUUCUUGCUUCGAUUCAAUGUCCCCUCCCCUCUUUCCCUGAUUUGCAAUGCCGACUCCGAGUAACAACUCGAUCGCCGCGGCGAUCGCCGCCCGCACGACAUGCCCACCGGAGCCCGAAAGGAUCUCGGCUUGGCGAGACUCUCCAGAUACUGUAUCGAAUAGCGACCCUCUUGAUGCUCUCUCGCCUGAUAUUCCAAUUGCGCCCUCCAUGCUGAGUCGAUCCCAUGAUGGCAGCACUCCUGAACCGAUGAAGGCGGAAGGAAAGCCGACAGGCGUUGAGGAAGAUGACCCAGUCCGGGCUACCUCCCCUGCCGAAUCAACCUGCCUUCGCAGCCAGUCACCAGCAGCGCCCCCGGGAUCCUCGCUUCUCAACUGGGAAUUCUCCAACGUUCGUCUUCUGCCGAACCACACCUCGUUUCUUCGUUCAGGCAGCAAGUUCGCGGGAACUCAGCAAUCAGACCGCCAAGUUUACAAUGUCGAUGUUGAGAUUAAGCAUGUGGAUAUGGCUGAGUCUUAUCUCUGUGGUUACCUUAGAAUCCAAGGCCUCACAGAAGAUCACCCUACCUUGACUACCUUUUUUGAAGGAGAAAUCAUCGGUACUAAACACACUUUCCAGACUCGUAAUGAGGAAUGGGGCGCCUCGGAGAAGACAGACUUGCACCAUUGGUCUCGGUUUCCUGCCUGGCGUCCGCUGGCUAAACAGGCCAAACGAGCGGAUUUCACAUACCGCAACUUCGCCCAGCGUGAACACAUAUUCAUGAGAUGGAAGGAAUCUUUCCUUGUUCCCGACCAUCGAGUACGGACGAUUUCAGGUGCUAGCUUCGAGGGGUUCUAUUACAUCUGCUUCAACCAGAUCGAGGGAACUGUGAGCGGCGUAUACUUCCAUGCGAAGAGUGAGCGAUUUCAACAGCUUGAACUCAAGCAUGUCGAAGAUCGUGGAUGUGCACCAGCAGUCGAGUUCCGCUAAAUAUCGCCGAACCUGCUUGCUGGUGCCUAAAUCGAUAUCAUGUAUGACUUCCUACGUGACUAAUUGGUCUUCGUUUGUUUCAUACCCCCUCUUGUUGUUGUGUCUGGUACUACAUGGCUAAGCUGUGCUUCCUGGUCACCAUUCCGAAUGAGAUGCUUGGUUCUCUCAAAACUCCAUUGGGUUCACUAUCCCGUUUGCUUUUCCUCGAAUACCCUCUACGCUAUCCUCUAUUUCUCUCGCUCUCCUCCGCCUCCUCUUAUUUUUGUGUUUGAUCAUCCUUUUGACUGCCCAUGUCAUUUGAGGAUUUCCAAGACCAUAUCCCUUUUCAGGCAAAGCCUCAAUCCACACAACUCAUCCUCAAAUUGACCCUCAUGUCUCACGAUAUUGCAAUCUACGAAACGGCGUUUCCGUCCCCACUUCCGGCGACCUGGUUCUGGUUACCCUACAUCCUCUGUUUGGAGUCCUAAUCUCUCAUCUUUUUCCUUCAUGUUUUCUUAUUCCUCACUUAUCUUGUGUUAACUUAGUGUUAUUAUCUCCUAUGUGAGCUGUUGGCUGACCAGCCUGGUUA